CACCAGUGUCACGUGACGCGACCAGCGGGUCACGUGGCGCGGAAGUCGGGUUUUGUUUGUCACCUGGGAAAAGAUGGCGGCGCUCAUCUGUGGUGGCCGGCUGCUGGUGUGCGCUGCGGUGUGCUUCGCCCUGGGUGCGAGCGCUCAGUAUGCGGAGAAUAAAGCAGAACAUUUCUUCAGAAGCGGACACACAAAUAACUGGGCAGUUUUAGUUUGUACCUCUCGAUUUUGGUUCAACUACCGACAUGUGGCAAAUACUCUUUCUGUAUACAGAAGUGUUAAAAGACUUGGAAUUCCUGACAGCCAUAUCAUCUUGAUGCUUGCCGACGACAUGGCGUGUAACCCCAGGAACCCAAAACCAGCCACGGUGUUCAGCCACAAAAACAUGGAGCUGAACGUCUACGGAGAUAACGUUGAAGUUGACUACAGGGGUUAUGAGGUGACUGUAGAAAACUUUUUAAGAGUAUUGACUGGCAGAUUACCACCCAGCACACCGCGACUGAAGCGUCUCCUCUCUGAUGACCGGAGUAAUAUUCUUAUCUACAUGACUGGACAUGGAGGAAAUGGUUUCUUGAAAUUCCAAGAUUCUGAAGAAAUUACCAACGUUGAGCUCGCGGAUGCUUUCGAACAGAUGUGGCAGAAAAGAAGGUACAAUGAGUUACUGUUUAUAAUCGAUACUUGCCAAGGAGCCUCAAUGUACGAGAGGUUUUAUUCUCCUAACAUCAUCGCUCUCGCCAGCAGUCAAGUUGGAGAAGACUCUCUGUCUCACCAACCAGAUAUGGCCAUUGGUGUUCACCUCAUGGACCGAUACACGUUCUACGUCUUGGAGUUUUUGGAGGAAAUCCACCCGGCCAGUCAGAAUAACAUGAAUGAUCUGUUUCAGGUCUGUCCCAAGAGCCUGUGUGUGUCCACUCCGGGUCACCGCACCGACCUCUUUCAGAGAGACCCGCAAUCCGUCCUUAUUACUGAUUUCUUUGGCAGCGUCAGGAAAGUGGAGCUCACCGAGAAAACUGUGGUGCUGAAGCCCCAUCUAGAGGCCACAAAGAAAAGGGAUUCCCCAGAGGAGUUGGUGAUGACCGACCUCGUAAGCUACGCCAACCAGCUUCCCGUGUCCGAGAUCAUACACCAGAAACCAAAACCACAGGAAUGGCAUCCGCCUGGGGGAUUUAUCAUUGCACUAUGGGCACUGAUUCUUCUCGUUUUCUUCAAAACCUACGGCAUCAAACAUAUGAAGCAUGUGUUCUGAGAGGAGCACAAUGACCACCGAGGCUCAGGAAUACUUUGCACUGAUAUUUUUUCAUUUGGCAUGAAGGGUUUGGCAUGAAUAGUGUGGAACCCAACGAGAAAACCCGAAAAAGAUAAGUUACCAGACUGUGAAUCUCUGCUGCCCAAGCAACCAUUUUGUGGGCUGAGAUGACUCCAACCAUUAGUGGUCAGAGCCACAUUUACUAUGAAUCGAUGACCUCACUAGUUGAGCUUACAAAAUGGCUGCUUUUAUAUGUAUUAAACCCUUUUGAGAAGAUAUACCAAUAAUUUAUUGUGUACGGUUAAAAAUCAGCGGAUCAAUCUAUGACAGCCGUCCCCAUCCCAAUUUAUAUACAUGUUAAUUACAAGAUUUUAUAGGUACUAGAGAUGGCUGAGCUGAAAGUUGCUCUCAUGGCAGGAUGGAUUUUAUACCUUUCUGCACUUUUCCAAAGAGUUGGCAUGGUAUAUUGAGAGCUUUCUCAGCAGAAACAAAAAUAGAAGUAUUGAUUUAUCAUGCUAAGUACAGCAUUUCGGAUCAAUCCAGAACCCGAGGUAAUUAUGUAUCUAGGAACCGGUGAGCAAUUAGAAUUUAAAGCAAGACUUAGCAGCCCGUGGAAAACCUCAUUUGAUUUAUUCGCUGCUCAUCAAACCAAAAUGUCCGGCACGUUUUUGCCUUUCCAAGCAUUUUUUAUUGCUCCUGUUUGCUUCAAUGUUAUACUCUCAGAAAUGUGAGGGUUUUCCAGUGCAAACAGUGCAGUUUGUUAAAAAAAUAUAUAUACCAGGUAAAAGAAGAUGCUGAAUAAGCAGCGAAAGUACAAGGCACAAGGACACUACCCAAGGGCAGCAAAGUGCCGCUAUAUGAAUUCAUGAGCCAGGGCCGCAUCUCACCAAGGCAACUCGGAGACUUGACACAUGGAGUAAUCCAGAUUGUUUACUGGAGGACGGUGAAUUCACAUCCGUGGCCCCGAAACUCUCCAAGUUGUAUCUUCAAUUCUUUUUGCUUUGUUGUAAUAAAUUGGGAUUACAUUUAUA